AUGCUCUUCUCUGCGACUCGUCAGCUGCGUGCCCUGCGCGCCAAGCAGCACGCGACACGGGCAGUUGUGGAGGAGCAGAUGGCGGCCUACGAAGCCGCCAGGUACGCGUACGAAGCUGCGCAGCGUCAGGAGGCGGAGUUGCGAGCGAUGUUGCGCGCCGCGGAGGCACGCACGGCACAGCUGCUCCGAGACUUCGACGAUGCGGAGGCGCAACUGCGCAACACCACGACCGACCUCAGCCACACUCAGUCUCUCUGUCACUCUCUGGAGAGUCGCAUCGCAGAACACGUCAGGUGUCAGCGCUCGGCUGUGCUGCUGCUGGCUCCGCCAUCUUCGUCGAUGUCGCAGUCAUCAGCACCGCCACGGCUGUGCCACAUGGAUCCGUACAGUCUCUUGCACACGCCCACGGGUGAGGCCUUUACGUACGACCUUGUCGAACUCAGCAGUUGCGCGUCGGCGGACCAGGCGGUGGGGAUGUUCAUCCGUGGAGAGAGCGAUGACGGUAGUGAGACGGAGGGCAGAAGCGACGCGGAGGUUGUGGGGAACAACGAUGAAGGUGAUGAUAUCGACGCAGAGGCGAACCAGCUUCCAAGCAGCCCAAGCAUCACGUCUCUCUUGACUGAAGCCGUCCGGGACGCGCUUCACGGCUAUCACUACACGCUCCUGUGCACGUCUUCUGGUGGCUGCCGCCUUUGCGCCCAAGACGAAAAUCUGACGAACAAGGUGUGUCCAGCCACAACGCCUUUAACCAGCGACACGCCAGCCGCGGCAUGCGGACAGCCCCGCAAGCAUCGGUGGACGUGCCAGCCAGCGAGCUUGUGUCUGCGCCUCCUUCAGCUCCUUCAGCGAGAGGCGGCGCGCAGUGGCACUCGUGCGCUCAGCAUCACUAUCGCUGCCGGCUGCGUUGGUGAGAGGGAGGCGGCACGCAUCCAUGGGCCAGGAGUCACGACAAGGACAGCGUCGGCCGAAGCAUCCGAUCGUGCAGCUGCGGCGUGUGGCUGGACGGACCUGCUUCUGUCGGCAGCCGCGCGGCACCAGCAGGUGACCGUCUCCAUGGAGGCUGCACCGUCACAAGAGCGCGAGGAGACGGCACUGCCAUCGAUGACGUCCGAUGUGAGGGACAUGCGGGGAACAAGCGGCAGCAGCGCUGGAGCCGGUUCUUGGCUCGACGACGGUUGCACGCGCCCCAACGACCGCCAGAGUUUACUGCUGUCGACACCUUCCGCAGCUGCGGCCAAGGGGGUUCCGCUGACGACACAUACGCCCACCCUCGAAGGCGUGCCUGUAGGCUCCAUCGAGGCGGCAGCUUUCUGGCUGCGGGAGGUCGGCCUCCUCUCCACACCGGACACCUCGAACAUCCCCAAGGACAGGGUAGCGCUGCGAUCCUCUACCGCGACUUCAACCGGGCACGUCGAUGCGCAGGCGACGACUGCUGCUUCCUCUGUGGUGGUUCUCCUCGUUGGGGUGGACAGCCAAGACGCAACAGGCAAGCUACACAGGAGCCUUCUGCGCAUCGUCAGCGACGCUCACUUCGAUCUGGGGUGCCUUGCUCAUGCCAGGCCGCUGCUGAAGAGCGGCCGCGGGGGCAUCAAUGUCGAUCCUCCCGCGUGCUGCUCUCCUUCGACGUUCGCACUGUACAUGUCUCAUGUCUUGGGGGCCGUUGCUCGCGCGGCCGCCGCAAAGACGCCGGAUGCGCCGGACACAGGGCGGUGUGGCACACUGGUGAGCGGUGAGCACGAUGGCACUGCUGCGAGUUCUCCCGUUCCGAUGCUGCUGUUGCAGCGAGCCGAGGUGGCGCCCCUCGCCGCCUGCGAGAUACGCGCUACUGCUCAAAGUAUCUCUUUGCAAUGCCCAGCCGAGGUGUGUGCAAUCUGGACCGCAGCUCGCAGACACGCCUCCUCGCGUUCUCAACUCGAUGCGGCCUGGUCGCUCUGGGCGGCGCUGCUGCGACCUGUGUUUGGAGGGAACAGCAAGGCACUGUGGCUGCAUUGCACAAGCGGUGGCGGGCGUGGCGGCGGCAGCAGAGGCACCGACGGCAGCGUAGGCUUCCACGACUCUACAGAGAGCGCCUCUCGCCCCGACGACCUUCCUUCUCCGCCCGUCCCCUGCGACGAUGCAGCAGUGCUUCGGCUGAGCUCGCUUUUCUGCCGACUGGUGCGCCACGACGCCGUCGCCUCCGAGGUGUCCCCAGACCUGGCGCGUCUUGUGCGCGUCUGCCUGUGA